ACUGUGAUAUUGCUGUGAAGUUAUCUGCUGCACAACAGGUUCUGUAUUAUUUUUCUGUCUUUGUGGUUGACCAAAUAUCAGACUCUGAGGAUACAUCUUUUUAGCUUGAUUAGUUGUAGUAGGUAGGUACACAGACUAAGUGCAGCUACUCAUAGAGGUCCAGUGUAGGCUGCAAUUAUCGUAUGGCAGUGAAACUUGGUAUAAAUCGUUAAUGGGGAACAGAUUUAUGCUGGAAAAAAGUUAGUUCUAAUUUUGGCCACUAGGUGCAAGUCUGGCAUUGUGAAUGCAAGAAAGACGUAUAGAAAUAUUUUCAUAUGUAAUGGUUUAGUAAUGGGAUGGGCAGAAAAGGUCAAACAAGUAGAAAGGUAUAAUGCUAAUUUUUGUUUUAACCACCACCUAUACAGUUUGUUCAAUAUGACCACCAGUGGUGUUGACGAGAUGCUGUACAGUGCCAAAUUUGCACCUGGUGGCAAAAUUGUAACUAAUUUUUUUUACAGCAUAAAUCGAUUCCACAUUAACACAUUAGCAUAUCUACAAAGUUUCGCUGCCAUAUGAUAAUUACAGUCCACACUGGACCUUCAUGAGUAGCUGCUCUUUAUUUAUAACCACCCAGUUCUUGUGUACAGAUAGCAAUUGCCAAACUUUGAUCACCUUCAGUCCUGCUUUAGAAUGAGGCAUGGUGUUGAGCAAUGUGAAUUGUUAAUGUUUGGAUGGCAGGAGGCUGGUUCAGUUGUUCAUCUAUCACUUUGUUUCUAUUAGUAGACUACCUUUGUAUAUGACAGAUGUCCAGAGAAGCAUAUACAGUGCAUUACAUGCUGUUGAUAAUAUUUUUGUGAUGGUGGCUGUUUGCUUUUAUGAGCCCCAGUUUUAUGGCUUUCUGUGGGGCUUACGUUUGCACUAUGAAUUUAAAUAGUGUAUGUGAUUAACACAUCACUAAACAUGUGUGGUCAGUUUUUGGGAAUAAGUUUGGUUCAUACAUUUUGCAACAUGAUUUGAUGCAGGUAAAUUGUGCACAGUUUAACAAAUCGGUGUGGAAUUCUGGAAGCAGUUCAUAAGUUGGGUGUAUCCAUUCUGUUGUGAAUUGCAGCGAUGUAACAGUCUGAGGGUGGUCAAAUUAAUGUUAAUAAUGUAUGUAAAUGCAUUUCUUGUCUUCAGAUUACCAUUUAAAUGCUCAUGAAUAUCAUAAAUCAUAAAAUCUCAAAGCAUAAACAAACCUUAUCAUAAAAUUAUAUUUUACAGAAACAGUUCUAAUACCAGUCUUAUCAGCUGUUUUCCAACUAUCCCGUACCACUCACUUACCAGACUUUUUUCCUUGAUAUAAUUCACAAUUGACAAAAUUCUGGGUUUAACAAUACAGUUCUAGCACAAAGUAUUUUGAUGUUUUCUAGUCAUUUCUGUUGAAUGGGGUGGCACAGUGGUUAGCACACUGGACUCGAUGCGGGAGGAUGGCUAUUCAAACCUGCGUCUGGCCAUCCUGAUUUAGGUUUUGUGUGAUUUCCCUAAAUCACUUCAGGCAACUGCCAAGAUAGCUGCUUUGAUAGAGAGCAUUGCCUAUUUCCUUCCCCAGCCUUCCCUAAUCCGAGCUUUUGUUCCAUCUCCAAUGACCUCAUUGUUGACAGGACAUUAAACACUAAUCUCCUACUCCUAGUCAUUUCUGUAAGGCAGUUGUUGUUGACAUCAGUUAAAUUGCUCGUUGUCUAAGGCAGAUAAAUGAGUCGAGAUAAUGUGUGUGUAAAGUGAAGCCUGCAACUGGCUUAGGUGUUUCAGUAUAUCCACAUUAAUCAUUGCUGGAAGACCACAGAUAUUUUCUGUACCUUUCCUUCUCAGUAUCUCCAACUUCUCUCAAAACAAAAUAUUGAAGCAAGCACAUAACAUUACCAGCAUUAUCAGUUAGUUCACUUGUAGACCAGUAACCCUACAUAUUUAAAAAGUUCCUCAGUUUCAUUUUCCUUUGUCAUCACUUGUACCAAAUUGAUUGAAAAAGGUAUUAUGUCUACUUAGAGCUUACUAACUAUGCAUUAUGAAGAUUGUCUGCCUAUUAUAGUUAAUAACAACAUUAUUAUUUUUUAUUUUGGUGAUAGUGCAAUGCUACAUUCUGUUUGAUGAUAUAAUGUGUUAAAAGAUUGUAGACUUCAAACCAUCCUUUGACAAUGACACAGGUUCCUCUUUACAUGUUCUGACAUAUAUAGUUAAAACUUAAUAGACAUGUGCUUCCUCUGGGGAAACAAUGCUGUUAGUGCACCAUGUUAUUUUUCAAGAACAUAGAUUACUUUGUAAUUAAAUUUUUAAAGUCUCCAAAAGAGUGAUGUCGACAAAAGGUGUGCAUGUUCACACCCCAAUUGAAAGUUUCAAGCUGGCAUUUCCCCCCUUACGCUGUUUUAUAGCGGUCCAAGUUCUAAUUGUGUUAGUUGGUAUAUUUGAAAGAAAGCAAGACAGCUUCACUUGCACUAAUGUUUAAUAAUGCACAUAAUUGAAACUGCAGCAUCCUUUUGCUUCUUUCAUAGUAUUGAAAUUGGUACUUAUUAAUGUUGAAUGAAAUUAUAAAUAAUGGAUUUGUGAAAUUUUGGAACUAGAAGAGAAAAGUCACAAGUGACUAAAAAUUUGUGUAUGGGUACCAGGUGGUCAUGAAACAAUGCAACUCCUCUGAUAUUUUGACAAUUGUAACUCAACUGCUUGCAGCACAUCGUCAGUAUAUUUACAAUAGUUUUCAGUUUCCAUGUUCAGCAUUUGUGGAAAUUUUUGUUUUGUAACCUGUGUUCCCAACCAGGGCUGAUACUCAUUUGGGGAAAGUGCUCCUUUAAUUCAGUCUUCCUAUUGUCAGCAAUGUAUGACUUGAAAACAAGGAAAAAUGGCACUCGAGGAGUUUACAUAGGCCAAAUCACAGUAUCCUUGUUGUACCUCAUCUUCGAGUAUGAGAUUUCUUUUGCAUACCUAUUCUUAAUAGGAAAUUACAAUGGUAAAGAAGUAUUUGCAUAUUUCUCAAAUUCCUAGAAUCAUGUUUUUUCCAUUUCAAUAUUUCUUCUGAACAAACUGUGUGCAGUGUAUGAAAAGGAACCACUGAGAUUCUGACACUGCUAUCCUCAGGUGAUCUGAUAAAAUGUUUCUGAGUACAUGCAUCAGAAAUAAGAUUUCCUUAAUUUUUUAAUAGAGUUUUGUGUUGAUCUAUAUAUGAAUAGAGGAAAAGUUAAUUAUUUUUAUGAUUCCUGGAUUUCAUACACAUUUUCUCCCUGGAAGUAGCAACUUUUGCUCUCCUGAGAACCCGUGCUUUUUUAAAAUUAUGGUUAAUCAGUCGGUUGAUUGCAGCACUUUGCAAACAAUACAUUGUACUGUUGAUAACUAAAUAAGUAUUCGCUUUACUUUCCACCUUUUGUUGCAUGUAUGAUCAUUAUAAUCAAGAUAUAUAGAGUGACAAUUGCAUUUUGUGCUGAAGAGAACAGGGAAAUGGAUUUCAAUGUAUUAUUUGCAAAAUUAUUCACAAACUUUCCAUUUUUGACAUGUUCAUUGCGUGUCAGACAAAGAACAUUUAAUACAAUAAGUAGUGAAGAAAGGCAAAGGCUGAAGCAUAUUUACUCAUUUAAUAUAUCUGAACAUUUGUUUAAUAUGUAUAUACUUUUAAACUUUACAUUACAUUGAUCUAUUGUGUUUUGCAAAACAUUUAUGUGUAUGAAAUACAAGAAAUGGAAGAAUACAUUGUCUCUUGCUGUUAUGCUGCAUUGGUUUGUGUUGUGACAAAAGUGUGGUGCUUGUUUGUUCUACUGUUGGGGGUAAAAUUCAGAGGUGAAAGUGUAUUGAAUAUGGUUUUCAAGUGGCAUUUAAGUGAUACCUACAUAGAUGGUGUACAGUGCAAGAUAUGGGUGCAUGUGCAAAGCUGAAACAUCAUGAAGGCUUCGAGAUUGCUGUGCCUGCUUAGAAAAUUUCAUCCACUGUGAGCUGGAAGCCGUCAUACUUCAGUCUUAUUGUACAUUUAUGUGUAUUGGUGCACACAUGGUGCAUGCAGUUCCACGAAGGCAGUUGUGUGGCUGGGAAGUGAAACAUUACCAUACACAUAAAUGAACUGAAUUGAAUAAUCUGCGAGAAUCGGAGGAUCGUAUAAGACAGCAACAUAUUGAAUCCUCACACAGGGAGAAAGUUUUGGUGCGGCGACUUGCCACCAAGGAACAGGAAAUGCAGGAAUAUGCUAAUCAGAUUGCGGAGCUGAAAGCUGCCCAAGCUCCAGGAGCAACAGCUCUGCGCACUGCACUUCUUGAUCCUUCAGUGAAUCUGCUACUUCAGCGGCUGCGCCAGGAACUGCUGUCCACAAGGGCACGCUUGGAAGAGACACAGAAUGAGCUCAGUGCUUGGAAGUUCACACCAGACAGCAAUACUGGUAAAAGGUUAAUGGCCAAAUGCAGGCUUCUUUAUCAAGAGAAUGAAGAACUGGGACGUAUGAUUUCUAGUGGCAGACUUGCAAAACUUGAGGGAGAUUUAGCACUGCAAAAAAGCUUUAGUGAAGAAGUGAAAAAAUCCCAGUCUGAACUAGAUGAAUUUCUUCAAGAUUUGGAUGAAGACGUGGAAGGAAUGCAGGGUACAAUAUAUUUCUUACAACAGGAACUGCGUAAAGCAAAGGAAUCAAAUGCUGCCCUACAGCAAGAGAAUUCUGCUUUGAAAUCUGGUGGAGUGACAACAACAGAGCAUAAUACUGGUUUACGGACAAGUGAGGUGGGAAGGGAAUCGAGGCCACGGACGCCUUUGCCUUUGUGUCAUAAUGGGAUAAGGGAGAAAGGGGAGGAUGACUCUAGAGGUUGGGAUGAGCGGACUCAAGGGUCAGAUAGGCCACUAACCAGGGACACAUCCUCAUCCCAGUCACCAGGUACUGAAAAUGCAGCAGACCGUCCGGCAGGCCGAGAUGGGUCUCACCCACCACAGCAGCCACCUCCUGAGGAAGACAGUGUGUCUUGUGAUGCUAGGUCCCCAGAAGAUACCCGUCUGUCCCCUCAGCGUAGACCUCAUAGUCAGUAUGAGGAAUCGAACGAUUCAACGAACGUACAUUCCAGCAUGCCCCCUAGGACGUCUCAGAAUAGUGAGAGGAACUGGCAAAAAGUUAUCGUUGAGCAAGAUGAUUCUUCUAGUGACUCAAGUGAAUUAAUACUUAAGAUUGAAUCUGAAGACAUCGCUGAUGAUGAUUUGGAUCCCCAGAGUUCUGAUGCUGGAGCUGAAACCAACAAAGUGGGUAACAGUGUGAAUGAGAGAGACAGGAGUGUGCCCAUUAGUGCAGAUAGGACUGCAGAUCGUAGUGAUGUCAUAAAAGAGCAGUCGAGGGAUGGCAGAGACUCCCCAUCAUCCAGGAAAAGAACAUGUUCAAAUGAUGACAGCAGUAAUGAUAGUGACAAUGUACCAUUGAUAAAAAAAGUACGUCGUGAUUCAGAAAUUUCCCUUCAUUAUAAUGAGGAGGAGGAUGAUGCAGGCCUGACAAAUGGAGAGAGUGGUGUUUCAGGUAGUAGGACUAGUGGGAAGUAAUGCAUAAUUAUUUUGCAUAAUCACAUGUGUAGUAUUUAUCAGCAUAACGUGAUAUGUUUUAUUCCCAGUUUAUUUAAGUGCAGUCUCACAAAUUUUAUAAUAUGUUUUGAACAUCCAGAUUUAUUGUGGUAGAAAGUUGUCAGCUAUAAUUUUGUAUACAAUAUGUGUAAAGUUACAUGCAGAUGUAAAA